UGUUGACCUAGCAACAAGCUGUGGCGACGCUUUUGGUCGUCGCGAAUCAAAUAUGAACCUUUCUUCCCUUACUUAAGCAUGUUUUUGGCUAAAAAAAUAUUCACUUACUUGCAUACAAAUACUGCAAAGUCGCAUAUGUACGCUCCAUUGACUUCGUUCCGUUAAUAGAGAGCAUAUACGGCCAAGCUAACGUUUGGUAAAAAUGUCUGGACAGUGGACUCCGACGGCUGCGGAUAAAGAAGAUGAGGCGUUUUACAUGCAGUGUCGCGCUUCAUACCUGGCUGUGUUCAAGUCUAGUCUGGCCAAUAUAGCCUCGAAACAGCAGCUCUGUCGCGUUCUCCAACAGGCUGGCCGAAAUCCCUCCCAUGCAACUCUCAACAAAUACUGGACUCCUCGAACAACAAAACUGAACUUCGACGACUUCUGUGACAUUGUGAAGUGUGAAAGGAAAAUGGACGAAAAUGAACUGAUGGGGAUUUUUACAAAGAUGGAUGUGAAAGGCGAUGGCUACAUCAAGCACAGUGAGCUGGAGAGAGUCCUCACUUCAGGUGGAGAGGCAAUGACCAGUGAAGAGCUGGAGGCCAUUUUCGCUCUUGCUGACAUCAACAGAGAUGGAAAACUGUUUUACCCGGAGUUCUGCAGAUUGCUGGUGUCUACAGUGGAGCAGUGUCAGAUGGCUGCUCUGGAGAGACUGGAGGCCGACACCAAGCUGAAGAGACAGAACUUUGGCAGCCAGUCAUACAGUCCUCUCAAACCCUCCGUGUCGUCAGGCGCAGGAGCUCCCGAACCUUUCCAAGACAAUUCAGAACCAACACUUAAGAAAGAUCACAAGUCAUCUUCACGUCCUUCUUCAGCUCGAAGCCGCCGAUCUUCUCUGUCGAACCCCAUCACCAUGACAUGCAGUAGCACCAAAUCCACCAAAGUACCAGAGCCUCCAGGGCUACAGAACUGGCAUCACAGCUUCAUAAAGGGAAGUUUCUUCCUGGAGGAGGACGGAAGCAUCACUUCACUGCAGUACUAUCUCCACCUGCCUAAGACCACCAGCGUCUACCUCACCAUCCAGCCGCUGGACCUCAGCCACAGACCCGACAAGCCUUCCUCCUGGAUGACUGUUGACACAGCACUCUUUGUGAUGUCUGCAGGCGAGACCAAAGAGGAUUCUGCGUUGAUAUGUUUCACAGAGUCAAAAGACAAGGAGAAAUAUGUGUGGAAAGGUGAGCUGAAUGCUGGGAACUACCACCUGCUCCCUUUCUCCACUGGCUGCAAGUUAAAGCGAAAGAGUAGGAAGAGCCUCUCUUCAAAGCCGGUCGAGCUCGUCUAUAGGACAGACACCGGAGAACUGGACCUCACCAGAGAGCUCAGAGAAGUGCUGUCUGACAUCUUUGAAGUGAUCGACCUGGAUGGAAAUGGACUGAUCAGUCUGGAGGAGUACAACUUCUUUGAGAUGAGGACCAGCGGAGAGAAGUGCGACAAAGACGCCUGGGCAAUCUGCAAAGAGAACUUCGACAUGAGGAAGAAUCAGCUGACCCGACAAGGAUUCAUGGAGUUAAAUCUAAUGGAGGCGACAGAGAAAGAUGGUGACCCGGAAGACUUGUGGCUUACACUGGAAGCAAUGGGCUAUAACCGAGGGCUGGAUCUGGUGGAGGCCUGCCCUUUCCAAAUAGACAUACACUGUGAAGACUGCCAGCCAUCACUGAAGCCCAUCAGUUUGGGUUUUGGACCCAAACUUCUGAAUCAAGCGCUCCAGAAGUCCAUCACAACCAGGACAGGAGCUAAGAUGCUGAGGGGCGGUGACAACGUCUUUGUGUAUACGUGCAAAGGCGAUCACAGGAUCUCCUCCCUCAUCGCAAACAAGUCCAACCAGAAAGUGACCAUCCAUGUGAGCAACGAGCACAGUGUCAACUGCUGCAGCAGCAGAGGGAUGACUGUGUUUGCUGUGGAGGUGCCAGCCCGAACCAAGAUGGUGUGUCAACAUGUGUUGCCCAUUAACGAAACGCAAGACUGGACUUAUAACUGCGUCGAAACCAUGAUGCCCAUCACUUGAUAUCGGACUUCCACAAACCAAUGACUUUUUGUUGCAGCAAAAAAAAAGUUUCAUGAAAGAAUAUUCAGUGGUUUAAGUUAAAAAAAAACCGAAAUCUGUGGAAUUUAUUUUUACGUUUUAAAUGGAGGUCCAUAUUAAACAUCUGGAGGGGUUCGUGUUCCCAGGUGAGGAAAGAAUGGUGCGUGAGAGCGAACGACGGAUGAGUGUGAGUGUCUUCAGACAUGAUGACGCUUUCUAGUAGAACUUUGCUUAAAAUCUGAAACACGCAUUAGUUGACUGAUAUUGUGCUUAUGAUGCCAUACUUGUUAUGGCUCUCUGUUUUCAAUAGGAGAGAAAAUACACAUUUUUUUUAAUUCAUUAAUAAGAUGACUGUCUUGACAGCUAUGCGAGCAAUGGCUAGUGUGUUGUUUUAUGUUAUCAAUUUACUUACACAGGAAGAAACAAAAGAGAAAGCCUCAGUAUUUUCUUCUUUUGUCUAAAGGUCUACAUCCAUGCCACUUACAGGUAAUUGCAAUUGUAUUUUAGAGAUAUUCCUUACAUGUUUUUAAACUUUAAAGGAGGCCUAUUGUACUUUUCCAUGUACUUCGACUUCCCUUACGUUUUAGCAAGAUUGAACUGUACAGUGUGUGACCAAACAAUGCUUGUGCACAAACAUAUGGACAUAAAGAUAGUUGGCAUUCUCUAUUUUUCACACUGUAGAUGUGCUGUCCAGAUUCCCCUCCACUCCACCACCCUGAACUUCUGACCGCUGCGACAGCCCCACCCACCUCGAGGCAAUCCAGGACCUCAGGAUGACUCUCCUCCUAGUUAGUGGCAUGUGCGUUUCAGGCUGACACACAUUCCCACAUCCAGCAGUGUCCUCAUAUCCCCCAGUUACAGCAGCAAGCUGCUUUUGGCUUGAUGGGUAAAAACACUGUAAAGUCAAGACGUCCAGACAUGCUAAUCCAUACACUGACUCAUACAAACCUUUCAUUCAAGUCUUGAUGUUGGGUCCCGUUGAUAUGUUUUGUAAAUAAACUUUAUCUUAAGUUAUUUCUCAGCAUUAACUCGUAUGACACGUUCACUGUCACAUUUCACCUCAUCCAAUGAGGCCCUUGUUGACAAAGGUCUGAACACCCUUGCUCCACAUUAGGAGUGUUCCCUAGUGACUCAUGGUCAUGAUCUAACGGCUGCUUGAAUGUGAUUGAAAGCUUCGCUGCUUUCGUAUGCAGUGUUCAUGUGUGCCAGAAGGCAAGUCUGGGUCUGCUUUAGUGCUUGUCUGAACCCACCGUUAGCUGUUGCUCCCUCUAAUCUGAGAUUGGCACUGGCGAGCAUUCCUCCCCACCGCACUCUGGGGUCUCAACUUUAUUUGCCCUUGACCUUUUGAAAAACGCUUCUAUUUAUAUCUCUGUAGCCAUUAUGUGCCCUUUGACUUUCUCUGUUGAAACUGUAGAGCCGUCUGCUAAAUGUCACGACGCCAAGGAGAUGCAGCGUCCAGACACAGAGGUGCAGGAGCACACCAAGUCUAGUUGAGUGAUCGCUGUCUCUCCUUAGUGUACAAGUCGAGUCGUGUGCUUUCUUUUGGCAAAAUACACAUUCAUCUGUUAGUUACAGCUUGGAGUUGAAUUGAAAAAAUAUUUUUAGAAAUAUAGAAAAAAAAAGAACUGUGUCAUGACAGACAGUUGGUUACUAAAUGCUUGGAAAGUGCUGUGAAAUUAGUGGGGGUAAAACAACAUUCAAGUAAGGAGACAGUUGUGAGGUGACUGUAGGACUGUAGGAAAGUAUUUAGAAAGAAAAUGCAAUGAAUCAAAACUAAUUUGCGACCUAACAAAAAGGUUACCGCGUAUAUAGAUAAGUGUGUAGAUGUUGCUAACACAUGCACUCCCUCUGCAAUCUGAACUGCCGUUCAACUUUGUUCUUCAUUGCGUCAAACUCGUGAUGACACAACAGGUAAACACCUGUGGUCUGAGGUGGUUGGUUUCACAACAUUUCCUUUAGUGAAAUUCACAUUUCACAAGUCGUUGUGGACUCUUCCAAGGACUGCAUUUUACCCCGUCACAUAAUCACGAUGCCUUUUUUUAAACAUAUGUUUAUAAGCAUUUUUAAAAAUAAGUACAAAAAACAUUUGGACAAAAAACCCAUCUGAAAAACAACACAGAAAACAUAAAACACACACUUUGCACUUUCACAAUUAACACACCUGUUAAUGUAGUCCACUGUAGUUACUGUCCUUGAUCUGAUUCCUGGAGUAGAUCUGACAAGUGACUUCUUUUAAGAUUGUUCAAAUAUAUUUUUUCAAAAUAUUUUUCUUUGUCUUUCAACAUAUGUUAUCCAUUCCAUUGGAAAUAACUUGAGUCAGUCCUUGUAUUAAUGUCGAUGCGAUGCAUUUGUUUGCUGUAAAAUACACAGAUUGAUAAAAAUCAUCUCACUCUUGUACUUCAUCUGGAUAAAUCCCCAAAAGACACAAAAAAGGGUCACGUCCAAUACGAAUAUUACAUUAAAAAUAUAUAACACACAUAACAUAACAUAUUCUGUCUUUCUUGAGUGACAUGUCCCCAUAAUUCAUGAAUCUUUGAACAUUCCCACACACAGUGGAAAAAAUGUUCCUUUUUCUUCCUGAUAUCUAUUACCAAGAUCAGGGGAUGUUAGGAUUGAAUUUAUUUAAUUUCUCAGGCUGAUCAACCACUUGUGUUGCCAGACACUUUCCUACAUGCAUCCUCCCACAUUUCUAUUGACAUUUCUUAAUUUAAAUCCCCAUUCCAUGCCCUCAAUUUAGUUCCUUAGGAUUCUGGAGACAAAACAUUUAAUAAUGUUUGGGUUUUCUCAUUCCUGCCUGACAUGAUUCCUUUGAACAUUUAUUGAGGGUUUUUUUUUCUAAACACAUAGUCCGUGACCCUUGACAUGUGGCCCCUGAUCGUCCAAAAGAACAGCAGGUCAAAAGCCUUUCUAUUGAUACUGUCUUCUUUUUCUGUGCUGCCUGUCUUGUAAAAAUCAGUAAUAUCAGUAAUAAAAGAAAAAAAUCUGUAAUGCCAGUGUGAAUCUGAA